GGUAUAUCUUAUGGACCUGAUCUUUCUGCUUCUAAGGUGCGCCUGCUCCAAGAAAAAGCAAGAGUAUAUUCCUACAAUUGUUUUGUCUUUCAGUCAACAACCAUAGACAACUUUGUAAGUGAGGUUUCACUAGCAUGGGGCGACCAUUCUGGAAGUUAUAUGCAUGUAGUUUCCAGUUACAUGGACGAGGAGAUUUCCCCAUUCAUAAGUUCUGACUGGCUGUUCACCGUUCUUCGAUCUUCGGGAAAAGUGUCAGAUGUUGAAUAUAGUCCUGGAACUGAAAAUCCAGGGAAGAUUUUCAUUAACAAACUUGAAGAAUUGCCUCUGACUAUCUGCAGUUUGAAUAAGAAGGUGAGAAAAAUUAUGUAUACUCAUUUGCAUUUGGCAUCCUUAAACUGCUUAAACAAAGAUUUGCUGGGAAACUGCAUAAUAACUUCACCAUAGUGAAGGGCACCCAUCUAAUGAUGAAAUACUGUGUACUCAUUUGCAUUUGGCACCCAUCUAAUGAUGAAAGAGAAUCUGGAUUUUUCUGCAGAUGAUGAUAAUGUCCACUCCUGGUU